GUGUAAAUAUUUCUAUCAUAACUCAGAGCAACAACUCGCUACUUGAACUUCUGCCUCUGCCAAGAACAUGUGAUAUAUACAGAUGUGAAACUCCCACUUUGUCUCAGUUAGCAAGCCUCAGCCAAGCAGAGCAACACCCUGUGGAGCUCAUAGAGCAUACCUGUGUUUGCGGCUGAGUGAGCCACGAUGUGGAUUACAUUUUUUCUAGUUACAAUCUUCUGUUUUUCUAUGUCCCAAGCUGUGGCAGACUACUGUGAAAAUGUUCUCCAGGAGUGCCUAAAAAGGCCCACUGCAUGGACACGUUGUUAUGAGGACAAAAUUAUGACCUGCAAGCCAAGAGGUCGCUUCAUGGCAGGCAUCAGACAACUCAAAGUAGACUCGCUUCAAGAGGUUGAUGUGAGUCCUACACAUGAACAUAGGGUUCACAUCCCAUCAUCAGCUCUCCAGAGAAGCAGAGGAAAUGUGCCUGAGGUGGAGGUCCUGGUGGUGGCCUCUGUAAUAAACAGCAGUCAUUUUAAGCUAAGUCCUCGUUCAAAAGGCAGGCAAAUACAGUUUCACCGCAGAGAAGGCACUGUGUUUAGGGGCUCAGUCCUAUCGGUGAAGGCAGGAACUCUUUCAGUGAAUAACCUCCAGCAACCCAUCAAGUUAAUCUUCAGACAUGACAAAGAGGUGGAAAAUGGGACUUGUGUAUUUUGGGCGGAAUCAGCAAUGGGAAAUGGAACAGGUUAUUGGAGCACUGAAGGCUGUGAAACCAGUAACACAGGAAAUGAAUUUAUUUGCAGCUGCAACCAUCUGAGCUUCUUCGCUGUGCUUGUGAACCCACAAUUAUCAGUGAGUAAAUCUCAUUCGGAGACACUCAGCUACAUCACUUACAUUGGAUCAGCACUCUCCGUUGUCUUCACAUUCAUCAGCUUGAUCAUCUAUAUUUGUCUACAUCGUCGGCGUCCUGAGAAGACAACUAAUCUGCACAUGCAGCUAACAGGAGCAAUGCUCUGCCUCCACCUCAGCUUCCUGCUGUCCUGUUUCUCGGCAUGGCUGCUGAAUGAGGACAGCCCAGUUUGUCUGGUUCUGGGUCUGAUUUUACACUGGUCUCUGCUGGCCACCUUCAGCUGGACUGCUCUGGAGGGGUUCCAUCUCUACCUUCUACUAAGUCGGGUUUUUAACAUCACUUUCAGGAAAUAUCUUCUCAAACUCAGCUUAGUUGGAUGGGGCUUCCCGACACUAGUCGCAGUGAUUUGUGCGAUUUCAGGUGUUUAUGGUAAAUACACCCUGCACAUGCGGGACGCCAAACUCUCCAAUACAACAGCACACAUAUGCUGGAUGAACAGCGAGUUCCCGAAGAAGCACCUUAUAACCAGUUUCAUCACUACAGUGGCCUUUCCUUCCUUGGUGGUGCUGUUUAAUGCCUGUGUUAUGGGACUAGUUGUGUUUAAGCUCUGGGGGAUAAGAAGGGGUAGUGGAGGCUUUGGAAGCAACACUGGCUGGAAAAAGACAAACAAAAACAAAGGCUGGAAUUUAUGGAAGGACUCUGUUAAAGUGUUGGGCCUCAGCCUUGUGCUGGGGUUACCUUGGGGGUUAACCAGCAUCACAUAUGUUUCACUCCCUGGUAUCUAUGUAUUCACAAUAUUCAACUCCUGUCAAGGUAUCUUCAUGUUCCUGUGGUCUUUGGCUUUGACCAGGAAGCCUCAAUCAAACAAUAACUCAUCAACAGACACCUGUCAGAAAAAGCUGACCACCAGUUUAAAUAACAGCUAA